AUGACGCUUGCAUUGCACAAAGUUCUGAUUGCCGUUCUUACGUGUCUCAUUCCCAUUCGAAAUUCAGUCCACAUUGACAAGCAGCUAAACAGUUUUCAAGAAAUUGUUUGGCAGAAAACUCGAGGCAAUCAUAUACCCCAAUGUCCUUGUGUGAUUCACCCAGAAUCCCGUCAAUGCAUUUCAUAUGAUUCAAGAUACGUUGCUUCUAGCUAUGAAGAAGCUAUAUUAUCCUUUGUAGAGCUCUCAAAUCCACAUUAUCAUGUUCCCAUAAUAAAUUCUAACACAUUUUCAUGCGUGACGUCAGAGUGUCAACAAUGUUUCUCUUUACUUUAUCAUAAACUGCUUGAUAUUGGGUUCUUACCACAAAACUAUAGAUCGUCUAUAAUGCCUCUACCUCGAAACCGGGUUAACCCCAACGCAUGUCCGAGAUUUCGCUUUCAACAUGGGCGGCUGGCACCAUCCCCACCCGCAAAUGUUCCUUCAUACCUCACACCUCUCAUAUCAGCUGGAAGACAAUUCCAUUCAGAAAUCUCUAGAAACCGAAAUCGGAAUGAAAAUCAUGCACCUGCAAUUAGUCCGUUUUCAUUUAACUUUGCCAAUCGUAUUAAUAAUAACAAUCAUGACAACAACAACAACAACUUCCGUAACAAUGUGCUGAAUCAGCAACGUAUCCAAUUCCGAAAUAACGUCGCAAUCCAGAAUCGAAUUCUUGCUCAACAGCGCCAAAAUUUCAUUAAUCAACCGCCAAAUUUUCAACAACAACAAAAUUGGCCGCAAAUGCCACAACCUCGUCCACUUCAAAACUUCAUUCCUCCACAGCCACAAUGGAAUGGGCUAUUUAGCAAUUUGUUUAGUAGUCUUGGUCACUCACUUAUUCACCCAUUUGCGGAUACUGGUGGAGGUGGUGGCGGGACAUUACCCAGACUUCCAAACCAUCCUUGGUUACGCCAAUUAGGCAUUGGACUGAAAGCUAGGCAUAAAAGACAAGCUUCAACUGUUAUCGGCAAACGAUUCGAAAUCAGUUGCAACGAGCGAGGAGACUCCGAAGAUGAUAUGAUGUCACUAUGUGGCUCCUGCUGGACAUGGAGACAAUUGCCGGAGAACUAUUUUCCGCGAAUAAUUAACGAACUCAGUUGCAGGAAGGAUGAUUUUUGCCUAUCAGGAUGGGGAGAGUGUGUACAGCAGUUUAGAAACGUUGAUGUAUUGCGAAGAGAAAACGGUCGUUGGAUUCCGACAAUUACAGCUAUCAAUAUGGCGGUCGAAGAAGUACAACAAAAGCUGAAAAAGAUGGAUGUGAAUGGAAAAGUGAUUAGAAAAGUGGCCGGAAACUUCAAUGUAGUGCUGGGAAUUGUAACGCCACAUAAUGUUUUGCAAUUGAAAAAGCUAAACGAAGCGGUCUUCCCGAUUACGUACAAUGACAAAUUUUACGUUGAGGUUCGAUCUGCUGGAGAAUUAGCCAAACUUGCAUACUUCAACGAUGUUGUGGUUGGGGCAGUGUGCUGUCGAGUUGAUAUAGUAAAUGGAGAAAAAUCGCUCUACAUCAUGACGUUAGGAACCUUGGCGCCAUACAGACAAUUUGGAAUUGGUACUGUGCUCAUCAAUCAUGUUUUCCAUCUUUGUGUUAUGGAUGAUCAAAUCAAGACGGUGUGCCUUCAUGUUCAGAUCAACAAUGACACGGCUCUGAACUUCUAUAAGCGCAACGGUUUUGAUAUUGUCGAAAUGGUGGACAACUAUUAUCGAAUUGAACCUAGUGGUGCCUAUUUGCUAAUUCCACGAUCUUCAGAAUUUCUCGAAGACAUUCAUCAAAUUUCUAAGCGCUCGGUGAACAUGUUUAAUUCGAUUCCAGUUUCACGCGGAUGCAACCUACCCGGAUAUACUGGCGAAACUUGCCAAUAUCCAUUGUGUGCCCAAAAGAAUCCAUAUGUUCCUGACGACCAAAUCGAAAGCUCCGUGGCUAUUGAUGCGGCGAACUUGGCGAAUUGCUCCGAAACAAUGGUUAUCUUGGUUGACGAAACCAUGUGGGAUAUAACGAUUAAUUUGGAAAGCGAAUCGCCAUUGAAUCCUAACUUUUAUUUGCAAUAUGAAGAUGGAUCAAUAAUUACACCUUCGAGUGAUCGAGCAACACCAACGGAAUAUUCAGCCAAGUAUGAUUUCCUUCAACCAGGACAAUACAUUCUCGGACCAAUUGCCGAUCUUCCCGAUGAAUUCUGUUCAAUGCUCAUGAGCGCACGUACUAAAAUGCAUGUCACUGGAGGAUUCACAUCAGGUGAUUACAACGAGAGAAACGACUUUCCACAGAAGUACGCCUACUUCGACACAAAGUCCAGUGUAAUUCUUCGUCCUCAAGGAAUGACCUAUCCAGCUGAAAUUCAAGCUAUUGGAUUUACUGGAACUCUAAAUCACAUUUCAAGAUUCGUAGAGAUUUCUCACCGUUACAAUUGUACCUAUCCAUAUCUUCAUGAGAGAUAUGUUUGCGACAAGAAUGCCGACACAGAUGUUGGACAUAUGUUUAUGCAGGUCGAAGGAGUCUCAGAAAAUGGCUAUAAAUUCCGCAGAAUUGUCCCGUUCAGUUGUAUCGUGCCCCCAGCUGUCACUACUACAACUUCAGCUCCAAAACCAACACCAGGACCAAUUACGUAUUGUGCGAAUGGUGGCCAAUUGCUUAACGAUACCAAUAAUCAACCGUAUUGCUACUGUUUCGGUUAUUUCACUGGAGAUGAUUGCACACAAAUGGUUUGCGCAAAUGGAGGAUAUCUUCCAACGCCCACCAGCAAGCGAUGCGAAUGCCCUGAUGGAUUCUCAGGAUUCCAUUGCGAAAAUAUUAUUUGCACUGAGCACUCUGGACGCGAUUUCGAUGCCGAACAUCCAACAUUGACUCUUGUUAUCAGAAGCCGCACCCAAUUGUCUGAAGUUAUUAAAUCGGCUGUCGACGGAAUUCAAGAAGCCAUCGAUUCAUUAAGCUUUGAUCCAAAUUAUUUGGCCAGCUUUAUCGUUGUGCUCUUUGAUAACAACCAGAUAUUACUGAAUAAGCGUUACACAUCAUGGAAUGAUGCGGUUACCGAUUUGAACAAGGCAAUUAACUCAGCUCCUUCCGAUGGCGGAUGCGAGGACGCCGUGUUCUCCGCGAUUUCAUCUGCUUUGUCUCUUUACCCCAACAACAAGUCUCCGCUUUACAUUAUCACUGAUGCUAACCCGAAUGAUAGCAAUGAGAAAGAAACGGUGUUCCACUUGGAAUCUUAUUGGAGAGCUCCGCUCUAUUUCGUUUACGUUCAACCAGCUCCUGGAGAUGGAUGUAACUCAUCACCAGAUUCAUCCGGAUACCGCGACUAUAUUGAUAUUGCCGGAAGAACCAGCGGAAACACUUUCUAUUUCUCUGAUAGAAGGAACAUUAAGAAUUUCAUGUUUAAUCAUAUUACUUCAACUAUCUACCGUUCGCAGCUGGCCAUAUCCGGAGAUUACACUCACUGCGGACAACAAAACUUGUACAAGACUGUUUCAUUUGAUGCUGAUACUGAUAUGAUUGUUGUCGUCGCUACUGGAUCAAACUUGAAGCUCCUUGUGACCGAUCCAUUUGUCAACCGGCCAGAAUUUUAUGUUGUUUAUCAGGAUGGCCAGAACUUUAUAUGGACAAAGCGAGGAGCUGUCUCCGGGCAAUGGUUCUUCACUAUUUUAUCAGACCAUGACAGCGAUGCUUGCACAUUCAAGGUUUACAGAAAGCGAUUCAACAGUCUUCCAUCAUCUACCUACAGUCCUGAUUAUGACAUCUUCUGGGGAUUCUCGACCGAUUUGGUCAACGAUGGAGCACUUCGUCAGCCAAUCUUUGGACUUGACUCGUCGCCAGUCUUCCACGUUACGGAUUAUCCACAAUUUCUGUCAAUGGAUCGUGUCCAUGCUGCUCUUGAAAUUUAUGCAAUUCGCGAAGGAAGACAAGUCGAAGUGUACGGAUCGAACGGAAUAUGGAGAGAUGCUUGCAGUCUUCAAUUCUAUUUCCCACCAUUCACCUGCCGAGUACCCGAGGAAACCCUUUACUUCAACUUCUACGCUCGCGAUCGGUUCGACAUGAGCAUUCAACGUGCUGGAACAAUGUACUGCUCAUACAUUCACCCAACGCCAAUACCAGAUCAUCAAUGCCAGAAUGGAGGUGUAAUGAAUCCAUCGAACACAACUUGCUUCUGCCCACCAGAGUUUACUGGAACCUAUUGCCAGAACAUUGUCUGCUUCAAUGGAGCAACCAAUAAUGGCGAUCACUGUGUCUGCCCACCAGGAUUUGCUGGAGAAAAUUGCGAACUUGCACGUUGUACCGAAGAGGGACCGGCACCUGAGUUCCUCCGUACUGGCGUCGACAUGAUUUUCGCGGUUGAAAUCACUGCAAAUUCACUCGGAUCCUUGGUGUACUUGAAUAAUAAUUUCCAAGAGAUUCUUCGCGAUGUGGUUAUGCAGAAUAACCAGUGGAUUCGCAACUUCGUUCUCGUUGGAUUCAAUUCAACCUGGGGAGGACCAAUUGCUGAGUCGCCAGCUAAUAAUCUCUCGGCAAUUAUUGAUGCCAUGAACACACUUGCAAAGAGUGUGCCAACUGAUAACACAUGCGGAAACGUUCAGCUUUGGGACGCACUAAACCAUGCCAUCUUCAGCAGAGAGGUCGCUCCUGGAUCUUACAUUGAGAUCUUCCAAACAACACCGGAAGAUGAUACUGAUGCACGCUCUCUUGGUAUUUUCUAUGAUAUGACCCGAAGAAUGGAAGUGAUUUUGUACGGUUUCUUAACACUUAGUCCACGAAAUCAACCUAAUGGAUAUGCAUGCAACGCUACAAUAGAAAAUUUCUAUACAUUACUUGGAUUAGUGAGUGGAUCAAAUGGUAUUACGUACUCUCUGCAAGCGGCUGAAAUUGAAAAUGCUGUGAGGCUUAUUCCUCUUCAAUAUUCGAACGGUUUGGUCAACUUUAAUUACGAACAAGAUUGUAGAUUCGAACCAAUGAUCACUUAUUUCCCCAUUGACGCUUACUCUCAAACUAUUCAAUUGAAUGCUUACGGAUUUGGAUCAGUUCUUGAAGUGUAUGAUGGAGCCGGUAAUAAGCAAGAAGUUCUUCAACUGUUUGCCGAUGAUUUUACUGGAGAAAGUGUUUAUGAAAUCAGAAAAGCAUGUGACGAAGAUUGGGAGCCGCUCGGCCAAUAUUGUGUUAAGUUCAUCAGCGAUACUGAUUCGAUUUUGCCGAUGCCAGAAGCAAAGAAAUUCUGCGCGAACGCUGGAGGAUUCUUGGUCGACGAUUUGACACAGGACAAGAAUGAUUUCCUUUAUCAAGCGUCCUCUAAGACUCAAUUCUGGAUUGGUCUCUAUGAGACAAACGGGGCUUACGUUUGGGACCGUGGAAAUAAUGCAAAUCCGGAUCCGUUAAACCAACAGAACAACUUCUGGGAAGAUGUUCCACAUCAGCCAGGAACAACUGAUCAAUGUGUUUACUUCGAUGGUCAAUCAUCGGAUAAGAAUAGAGUUUGGAAGGACGACACUUGUUCAACACCCCGUCCAUUUGUUUGUCAAAAGCACCGAUACGACGCGGACCAUCGGCCAAAUACCAUCGGCGAUGAUGACCUUCCUGCUGGUAAUUGGUACGCCACGCUCAAGACUUCGCCACAAGGAGACAACCCAAGAUUCUGCAGUCUCGGAAUCCGUGUUCAAUCUAACCUUCAAAUUGUUACUGGUUAUGUUACCAACAUUGGUAGCGACUUCCCAGAAAUUGAUCCAAUCCAAGAUUCAAAAGAUAAUCGUCUCAUCACUUACAUUCACUCUCUGGAUAAUGAGAAUCGCUCGCCAAUUCUCACAGACGCCGUUCUCUGGGAUGCAUACAACGGAACAUUCUACAACGGACUCAAGUAUGGACCGCGUUUCGCUUGCCAAUACGGAUGGGUUUCACAAGAUUUUGCUUGUCCAAAUGGAUUAUCGGAUAACAACGAAUUUGGAGUUGUUCAUAUCGGAGAAGACGAGUUUGGAAACACAUUCCAACGUAUCACAUAUGGACAUUGUUCCAAAGCCGAAAUUGUGUGUGGAAACGGUGGAGUUCGACAAGACGGAAAAUGUAUUUGCAACGAUUACUGGACUGGCUCAAGAUGUACUGUCCCAAUUUGCGUCAAUGGUGGAACAAGAAAUGAUAAUGAGGCCACCUGUAAUUGUCCUGACGGAUACACUGGCUUUAAUUGCCAAUAUGAAGUCUGCCAGCCAAAGAUUCCGGCAACCUUCUCCAAUGACGGCAAAACUUUGAUUAUCAUUUUGGAAGCCACUCAACAGAAUCAAGACACUAUUAACCAACUGAACUCCAAUUUGAAUGCCGUAUUAAAAUCGUCCGUUUCUGCUAAUCCAAACUGGUUCAGCAAAUUCGGUCUUGUCGUUUUCAACUCAAAUGGACGUACAUUCGAAAACUACAACUACGACUCUAUUGAUGCUUUGACCAAUGCGAUUGCUUCUAACACUGUUUCUAUCACAGAUGCGGGAUCAUGCAGUCUACCAUACUAUGAUGUCAUCGCCCAUAUUGGUCAUCAUGCCGAGAACUUGACAAUUCCAAACAGCGAAUUCCUUCUUUUCACUGCUGCAAGUGCAAGUGAUGUCCAGAACUACGUGGAACUUGUUGAUGAACUCUUCAAUCUUCAGGCUCAUCUUCAUCUCAUUUAUUCAAAGACGGCAAAUUGCCCAGAUUACACAGGAAUUAGUGGACUUUAUGGCUUAACAUGGCUCGGAUAUGGAUCUGGAGGAAAUAUUCUAUUUACUGACCCAACCAGCAUCAUUGAUCUCGUUGGAAAGUAUCUGCCAACGCUCUAUGGUUCCUCGGUGCUUCAAGAUCCAACUGGAAUCAGCAACUUCUCGUGCAGCAGCGGAGAUCCGUGGUUCGUUCCUGUUACAAUGAACACUUCUACAAUUUACAUCACAACUACUUCGGAGUACGGAUCGCUGUCGGCAAUUGAUCCACUUGGAAGGAAAAUUGCGCCAAAUGUUAUUUACAAUGUCAAUGAUCAGAAGAUGUAUUCAAUCGACGUGAACCGUAUUGGUGGAAUUUGGAAUCUUCAGUUAACCAGCCCACCAGGUGUUUGCCUUGCUCACAUUUACACAUCUGGGGAUGGUCCUAAAGUUUACACAAAAUUCGCGUUGACCAAUCCAGUCGGAAAGAUUCAAGAUCCAACUGGCGCACAUCAAGAUGGAGGAAUAGAUCGUCCUGUUCCAGGCUUUGAAAACGUUGCUACUUUCCAUUUGAACGGACAUCCAGGACAUCAAGGAGUUCUGCAAUACGUUGAAAUUUUCGAUGCAACCAACGUUACGAACCUUAUUCGAUCCGAAUUGUAUCGUCGUGCUGAUUGCUCAUAUGAAUAUUAUUCUGAUCCAUUCAUCUGUGAUACUGAUGUGCUCGCAAUUUAUAUUCAUGGUUUGGAUGAAGCAAGACAAAAGUUCCGUAGACAAGAAGUUGUUGUAUGCAAUGGUCCAAAGCCAGUGCCACCAGUCACAACAUUGAAUCCAGUAACCCAAAGCACUCUGCCGGUAACUAACAGCCCAAAACCAACCACUUUAAGCCCAAUCACUGAAAACACACCAAAUCCCCCUAAUACCCCAACAUCCAAUCCUAAUACCGUGCAAACUGGAGUACCUGUUUCAACAACAACGACACCAGCUCCAUCGACGACUCGCGGAUACACUAACACACCAUUUGAUAUUGUUUUCCUGAUCGAUGGAAGUAAAUCAGCCUCAGAUAGCUUUAAUCAAUUCACGAAAUUCAUUCAAACAAUGAUGGUCACAUUCACCGUUUCUCAAAAUAAUGCCCGUGUUGGACUCAUUGUCGUAGAUCCAAACAGCCAUAUUCCUCCAGUUGCUCAGCUCAAUUCAAUUGGCUCACAAGACAGCUUGAAUGGGUAUCUUAGUACGAUGCAGUAUUAUGCAGAUUUUUCGCAAGACGGACAGCUGCUUAAUUUCUAUCUUCAAGUUGCAUCAUCUGCCGAAUAUACCUCACCGGAUGCUGGUUACCGUAGCACUAUCAACAACCAUGUUAUUGUCUACAUAACGGCAACGACCGAAUUUGACACUGAUCCGACUAAUACGGCUAAAUCGAUUAUUCAAAACAAGCAAUACGGAAUCAUCACUGUUGGAUAUGGAAGCGGAGUUUCCAAUGACAAGCUUAUUGCUAUUUCUGGAGGCAAUGCUUGCUCGUUCACUGCGAAUGAUUUCGCCACUUUGAACAAUCAAAUCAAACCAAUCCAGAGUUUGAUUAUGAGCGCUGAUUCCAACGGAGGCGUCUAUUGUUCGUCAAACUAA